AUGAACAUCUAUCACGCUUGCGAAAAAAUCCGCUCUGGUCCAACAUUUUUUGCCCUUGAAUUCUUCGAGACGUCAGCUAAGGAAAACAUCAACGUGAAGGCAGUAUUCGAGAAGUUGGUAGAAAUAAUCUGCAAUAAAAUGGCUGAAAGCCUUGAUAAGGACCCUCAGCAGCAACCAAAAGGUCAGCGACUCGACGCUACUACGAACCAGAAGCCGCCAACGCAACAGUGCAAUUGUUAG